AUCACGCCGGCGAACUGGGUUGGGCGUUCACCUUAAUCAUAGUUUCAAUCAUAUCAGCUCUUAUAGGUGCUAUUGUAAUGGUCAUAGUUCUAAGGUGUAGAAGAAUAAAAUCAGCGAACGGUAAUGCUGGUCGCACACAACCGUGGUGGUGUCGUAACAAUCGCAAUGGCGGCUCGAAUGGUCGUUCCACACUCUCCAUCAAACAUCAAGCCGACAGCAUAAGAAGACGUCCGAAUAGUAACUCUGGUGUUUGGUCAUGGAGUCGCCGUUCGUCGGCUAGUCCAGAUCAAAUUGGACCACCGUCAUCGUCGCCAGCCGAAAAUCAUUACACACACAUGGACGAUGCAUAUAGUCCAGUUAAUGAGGCAUUGUACGCUGAAUUGGAUCGCGAAUCGGUACGUUCGGCAAAUCCGUCAUAUCAAAAUACGGCCUACAGUCAGUGUGGUGAGAAAUACAAUUUCCAACAACACGAGCAAGACAUUCCGAUGGUGGUGUCAUCAGCGCCCAGCAGCGCCUAUUAUUCCGACCUCUCGGUGACCGCCAUGCCAGGCGGCGGCAAUGAGCGUGCCUACGAAAUAGUUGGCCUCACGGUCAUGUCACAACCACUGCCCAACUGGGAAGGCAGUAGCGGCGGCGGUGGGGUCAUGGGGGUAGGUGUUGGCGGUACAAUGGGCCCCCUCGGCAGCGGCGGACCAAACGAAGCCUCGCAACGGCGCAUACCACGCUUAGCGGCCAUCAAUGAGACAAGCACAAGCACCGUGGCGGCAACAGUGCCCUCAGACUAUGUAUGAGAUACGGAGGAUGAGCGGCAGUGCGAGGAGGGUGUAUAGCGGUUUUAAAAAGCAUUUUAAUGAAAUUGUUUUCAAAUAUGCACUUGACGAAGUGUAGCAUACUUUACGGGCGUUAGUUGUUAUGAACAAAUGGCAACGGUAGUUUGCUGGAGACGGAAAGCAGCAGAUAAAUGUAAAAAAAUCAUAUUUAGGGCAGUAAAAACGAAAGUGGGAAGUGGGAAUUCAACGAGCUUAUAUUUGUUAAUAAAUAAUUUAUUGUGAAUUAUUCAAAACUGUUGAAACAGUGAGAUUCUUGAAAGCAUAAAGCGCUAUUUAUGUAGAGUUAUAUUAGAUUAAACUAUUAUAUUAUAUAUGUAUACAUAGAAUGUAUCUUUGAGGUAAAAAUAAUGUUAAAGUGCUUACGAAUAUUUAUAGAAUUGCUAUAUUAUGGUAUGAAAUGGAAGGUGAAACAAUAAAACAAAGCAAAAAAAUAAUUAUUGUAAUUAUUCUAUUGUAAUUGAGUUAGUAUGUAAGUCUGUUAAGAGUUAACGAUUUAAUCGUUGGUGAUAUUUAGCCUAAAUAUUUAGUGUGGACACAUAGAUGUGCGAAUUGGCGUUAAAAUGCGACAAGUAAACUUUGUAUAUGAAAUGCGGUAUACGUUUAGAAAUAAAUACACACACACAUGCGUAUACAAAGAUGUUUUAGAAUUAGAGACAGCUAUCUAUGUAUACAAUGUAGAAGCAAGAAAAGAGAAAUUAC